AUGGCUGAUACGGCAAGCCCUUUGGCAAAUAUAUCUUCCUGCUCCAAAACACAUUCCUGGCCUCAAAUUCGAUGUGUCCACGCCAAACGCAGUUAACCAGGCAGGCCUUCUUUUUCUUCCACACGACACUUAAGGGGACGAAAAACAUACAAAUAUGCUUUGACCGUCGUCGAUGUGGACAGCCGUUUCAAAGAGACUGAACCCUUGACCUUGAAAGACCUGAGGUUGCAAGCGCUUUUCAAAAAAUUUACAAACGCGGGCCUUUGAAAUGGUCACAUCUGCUUCAGGUCGACACAGGCCGAUAAUUCAUGGGCGCUGUCACGAAAGAAAUGGAAAAACACAAAACAAACAUUCGACGUCGGCGCACGGAGAUUCACCUGGACCAGGCAAUCGUGGAAAGACUCAACCGUGCUGAGCGCCUGUCCAGACAACAGUGUGCUGUCGAAAUGGGGCUUCCUGAGGGCCAAAGAUCUUCCGAAUGGGUCGUUCAGCUUCCUGCUGUGGUCUCUGCUCUGAACGGCGAAGUCACUCGCCUCACAGGCAGAAAACCCGUCGAGGCCAUCAAAGAAAAGGCAGUUGUUGCAAAACCCUCUACUCCCUUUUUACGCCCUUCAGGAAAAAAUGGAAAAAAUCCUCGCCAAUUAUAAAUGUUCGAUACCUGUAUCAGCCUGGUGAGCUGGAAGGAGGGAGGCAGCGAGCCACUGAUGCUGUCUGGUCUUUGAAAGUCCAUAAUUUCCUGCCUCCCCUUGUAAAGCCCAACGAGCCAAUUGUGUAUUAUUUGCAAGACGGCCCGAAACGGGGGUUUGUGCUUGAGGAGCUGCUUGCCAUUCUGCCCAACACUACUCUUCCUUUUGUAAGUGAUACUCAGUAG